AUGGACCGCGUGUACAUUAAGUGCUGCAGCGCCUUUUCUUCUGCAGCAGCCAACUGGAAUGAGGCCUAUCAGGUUGCGCUGGAGAUGGGGGACAGCACGAUGCAGCUGGCGACAGCGCGGCUUGAGGAGCUGCUUCGCGUGGAGCGGGCCUUUGAGGAGGAGGCGGCGCAGGGCGCAAUGCGUAUUGUGACGAUGGACCCGAACGCACCGCGUUCGGUUCCGAAGGAGCUACUGUGCUACCGCGACAUGAAUAUUUUUUACCGCGUCCUGCCAGAUGGUCGCUCUGGCCGUAACAUCGUGGCCACCUUACGUGGCGUGUUGCAGAGCCGCAGCGCUUCGCUGACGGUACCGCUCACCUCCCUCCUUAUGUAUCGCGGUAUCCCAGUGCUUGCCCAGGCGCUCGCGCCUUUUGGUACAGAGCCAAUCAAGAUUUAUGGUGAUGGUGCAGAGUCCGAUCCGGAGGUGGCGGCGGAGGUAGAGAUUAUAGCAGAUGCGCUGAGGACGCCGCUGCCAGACCAAGUCUUAUGUGAGGUGUACCGCAGUCUCGACGGACGCAUGUACGUUACGAACACGAACAUCACGACAAUCGCCUUAGAUGACUCCAUGCUGAUCGGAAGUCCACUGAAGCGACCUGAGAUGCUGGCGCUAUGUCCGUGCGUCACCGCCACGUGUGAGGAUACGCUGAGCGUGCUACACAAUGCAGUUGUGAUGGAGGCGCUUUGGCGUGUGCUGGACGCCGCCGUCGACCAGCAGUGCCGCCGCCUCAGCGACACACUGCACUUCUAUGGAGUCAAUUUGUGCCUGCUGGGGGGCGUGCUGGACGCCUUCGCAGAGCGGUACGGCGAUGCCGCAGAUGAUGUACAGCGCUUCACUGAAGUUGUUGCCAUUGAGAUGAUCGCACGGACGAUCAAGCAAGAGUUCUACGCAGAAGUGCAGGCGAAACGGCUUGGCGUUGACGAGGUCGGUGUCAACACGUGCUACGCACGGCACCUCCGUGCAGCGCUACACUCAGAGCACAGAGAGAGGUUUAGCCAACUCGUGCUUCGCAAAUACGCCAUCGACAACGGUAGCGGGCACGCGGACGGUCUUCUGAGGGUUCUACUGGAUGUGCGCCGCGAUCGUUGCAGCGCGAUCGUGGAGCGUGUAUCCUGGCUGAUAGGGGCCUGCUCCGCUCCCUCAGCAGACGGGGCUGAGAGCAGGCGAACAGUGGCGUGGGCCUUUCUCGUCGCUGGACGCAUCACGCCGGGCCUGUGCGAUCCAAAGCUUAUGUGCUCGCUGGAGCCCUUGUAUCGCAGCUGGCGGACAUGCGAAGCCCACUGCUUCGCCUGCUGCUACCCACUUCAGGUCAAAGUUGCCAUGUGGCAAGGUCGCGUCGGGGACGGGCUUAACCUCGCCAGCACGGCGGUGGAGCAGGUCACAGCACGCUACGGGAACACCUCAAUCCGCGCUGUGCAGGCUCAGCGCACCUUCAUGAAGCUUCUCUUUACAAUACCAUCACUCGAAAACGUGCGAGAGGCAUACAGCAUGGCGACUGGCAUCCUUGAGGUGUACAAGGACCAUGCAGGGCCUAUCACAAGAGCCAAGUGCCACAUCGAAGUGGGCUACUGCCUCCUUCGAGCAUCCGCCGUAAUGAACGUCGUCGGCGAGGCAGCGCGGCACUUUCAAGCAGCGGAGCAGCUCCUCCUGCUAGCCUUUCUCCGAAGCUCCAACGGAGCAUGGUUGUACCUGCAGCCGAGCCUCGGCCUUGUGCGGUGCCGCCAGCUGGGCCAGCAGGAUGGCCCCGUGCCUCUCAAGGCGCUUGUAGCUGACGCGUUGUACUUAUCUCGCGCUGCCGCACCGGCCGACUACUGCACAAAGUACUUGUGGGUGCUAGGGAUGGAGUUGGCGGCGGAGCGGCACUAUGCAGAGUCCGCACAGAUAUUGACGACGGCGUAUAGGAUGGCGAAGCGCACACAGCGCACGCGGCUGGAUGUUGACAGGCUGCACGGCGACACCCUGCGCGUGUACAGCGACUGGGAUCCUGAACAGUACGCUGCCUACUGCACUGCAAUUGCUGAGGGCGCGCGGGUCCCCUAG